AUGGAGUCUUUUCUCAAGAUAGUGGGCAACCUCCUCCCAUAUCACCUUCUCUCCUAUGGCGCUCUCCUCGGAACAGAGCUCUAUCAGAGCUUUGUAAAUACGAAAAUAUGCUACCAAGCUUUACCAAUGAAGGAGUUCAUCGUCCUCCAAAAGCGCCUAUUCCCCAUUUACUUCGGAACGCAGGUCGGACUCACAGCGCUGACUGCAGCAACACACCCACCGUACAGCAUUUUUUCACUGGUUCAAGACCCAUGGAGCGUAGCUCCUCUUGCUGUCGCUGGCUUGACAGGAUGUCUGAAUUGGUUCAUCUAUGGGCCUCGGACGACCACUGCAACAUUGGUCAGGAGGGCACUGCAAGAAAGCGAGAAUACUGAUGCUGACUCCGAUGGGUCAAAGGUGCAUCGGGCUAACCGCACAUUCGCGCGAAAUCACGCAAUGGCCAUCCAUUUGAAUGCUAUUGCCAUGAUAGCCACUGUAUUUUAUGGAUUCUCGCUCUCUGCUACACUUUUAGCAGGAAUCUAG